AUGGCGGAUCUGGCUGCAGACCGAUUGACCCCCACACCUCCAUUUACAUGUGUCGUUGUGGAUGUUUUCGGACCAUGGAACAUUACGACACGAAGGACACGGGGAGGUUCAGCAUCAAGUAAACGAUGGGCAGUCCUCUACACCUGUAUGACUACACGAGCUAUACAUAUCGAGCUUACAGAGGAGAUGUCCUCCUCAUGCUUUAUCAAUGCAACAAGGAGGUUUUACGCUGUUAGGGGCAAAGUUCGGGAAUUUAGAUCAGACUGUGGAACAAACUUUGUGGAAGCAGUAAAGGAUCUGAACUUCCUAGCUAUAAAUGUUGAUGACAAAGCCUUACAGGAGUUUCUGGACGAAUCGUCCUCACUGUCUACAUGA